UACCCUGGUAAUAGAUGUUGCGGUUUGUCAAGGAACUAAGAGGUGGGUUUGCCGACUUACGGAAUGAUUACCCGUUAGAACUGAGAGAAGAGGCUUAAGAAACUUAUUCACAAUUCAUCAGUUAUGGAAACAUCCUCAAAGGGUCUGCUCACCCAAGUUACUCAAUUGUGGAAUCUCCUAGAUGAUCUAGCUGAAAGUGACCCUGAGGGCUAUGAGAAGUUUAUUCAACAGCAGCUGAAAGAAGGGAAACAGCUCUGUUCUGCCCCAGAGCCACAGCUUUGCCUACAGACCAGGAUUCUGAAACCAAAAGAAAAAAUACUUUUUAUCAACCUGUGUCAGUGGACAAGGAUCCCAGCUCCCCAGUCAACCACUCAUUCAGUACCUCUAGCUGUUGGCAAACCAGAAGAUACAACUGAGACAUCAGAUGCUUACACAGUCAUCGAUGUUGCCUACAAUCCUGAUGUUCUUCAGGCGGCAGAAGAGGACCAACUGAAAAAAAAUCAGUUAAUUCAGAUGGCCAUGAAAUGCAUUGAGGAGCAAUUCCAGUUCACUCUCUCACACUCUUACUGUAUUACCAAAUUUAGAAUAAAAGGAAGCAUUCAAAGAAUGAAACAAAAUUUGAUGGGAAUCCAAACUGAUUCCACAGAUUUAAGAGAAAAAAUGAGAAGGGAACUAACUCUUGGACAUAUACGAAGCAGUACUAUGAGCAAUCCAGAUCAUUUUCCUCAACUGUUACUGCCAAAAGACCAAGUUUCAGGCAAAGCAGUGUGUCUGAUAGAAGAGAUUUCUAGUACUGAAAUCCAGGUGGAGAUGAAGAUACCAGUCUAUGAAAUAAAAAUUGUGCAUGAUCACAAUGAGAAACCUCUGAAAAUUGAGUUGAAAGUUGAAUUACCUGGUAUUAAUUCUGUCUCUCUCUGUGAUCUUAGUGUUUCUGAGGAUGAUUUAUUGAUUGAAGUAUCUGAGAAGUACAGAUUACAUCUGAAUCUUCCAAAACCUGUUGAUACUGAAAUGACUACAGCAAAAUUUAUCAAAGAAAAAUCCACGCUAAUCAUCACAAUGCCUUUGGUGUAAAACAAGAGCAUCAUAUGCUUGGGUUUUCAGUGCUAAAGUCAUAUGAAUUAAAGGACUUUCAUUAUGG